AUGCCUACUGGUAGUAGGAAUCCUCUUGUUGUCGGGCGUGUAAUUGGGGAUGUAUUAGAGCCCUUUGAAAGUUCUAUUCCUCUCAAAGUCACCUAUGGUAAUAGAGAUGUGAGCAAUGGUUGUGAGCUUAAACCUUCUCACGUUGCCAACCAACCCAGAGUGAGUGUUGGUGGAGAUGACCUCAGGAACUUUUACACGCUGGUCUUGGUGGAUCCUGAUGCACCUAGCCCGAGUAACCCAACUUGCAGGGAGUACCUUCAUUGGUUGGUGACUGAUAUUCCUGCAACUACCGGGCCUAGCUUUGGUAAUGAGGUUGUAAGUUAUGAAAACCCACGACCAACGAUGGGGAUUCAUCGUUUCGUGUUUGUGUUAUUUCGUCAACCAUGUAGACAGAGAGUAUAUGCUCCUGGAUGGCGACAAAAUUUCAACACAAGAGAAUUUGCUGAACUUUACAAUCUUGGAUUGCCAGUUGCUGCCGUUUUCUUCAAUUGUCAGAGGGAGACAGGCUCUGGUGGAAGGACAUUUUGA